AUGGAGCCUUCCCGUGGGCAUCGCGCACAUGCGCCCGAGGAUUUCGGGAUCGAGUUUGAUGAGCUUCCAGCUCUAUCCCUGAGCUUUCCCAGCCAGUCAACGCAAUACUCAAACCGUAACAGCGAAGAAGGAUCAAUAACCAAUUCUCAAGAUCCACCGGAGCGCACCAACAAAUAUGUGAGCUCUAAGGCUGAUCCGGUCCUCGAAACAUUGUUGGACAAAACUGCCUCGAGCGCUGAGGAGGGAAAUGAAGCCCCGCGAACGGCGCGUGAGCACCAAACCCCGAACUGGACGCCGAAGUGGCUUCGAACCACGACUCUGGGCCUUUUCGCCGGGCUCUUUCUUCUUUUCGCCCUUUGUCUUGCUGCAUUACUGGGAUACUCCCUCCACCGCGACGGCCUGUUCAACAUCGGUGACGGCACAACUCAGCUGUACGUGUGGAGAUUUGGCCCUACCGCUACUCUCACUUUGACGGCAAUUUUCUGGACCAGAGUCGAGUUUCAGGCUAUGCUGUAUUUGCCAUGGAUAUCACUCGGCGGCAGCAAGCCUCUCACGAAGGAAACCUUGACACUUGACUACACAACCAUGCUAUCGCCCAUGGUUCUUCGGCGGUCGUGGCGCGAGAAACACUAUUUUGUCUUCUUCACCGUCCUUGUUUCUUUUCUACUCAAGGCCCAAGUCCUGUUUGCUCCCAGCUUGUUCAGCAUUUCCAUUCAAAGGGCUGAUCAUGACGUCGACAUCAGCCUCCGCGACAUAUUUGACCUGGACAUUGACAAUGAGGGUCUGGAAGAAAGCACCGCCUACUACAUGUCGAAAGCACUUCGAAAUUUCGAUGUACGUCCGCCCUAUGGUGUCACCAACAACCUUGCCUAUCAGACAUUCACCAGAUCCGAUGGUUCACGUGGAACAGUCAACGAACCAUUGACGGCGAUUGUGGAUGGUCUCUUUACGGGCGUGGAGUGUCUGAAGCUUCAAAACCACCUUAUUGCGGACCAACAUCGCAAGGAGCCUGGCUUGAGCGGGGAAGACGUGCAACAGUUAAUAGUCAGCCUCGCCCUUCAGUUUGAAGGCUGUGAAGAUUAUAUGCGAUUCGGCGACUUGGAAAUUCUUUUUACGAAGACGAACGAUUACGACGCGACCUGGGUGCUGAACUCCAAUCUGGCGCCUGAUCGGCCUUGUUCCAACUUACCGCAGCAGAGCCCCCAGUUUGUAUACUUCGCCGGCGUCUUGCGGCAAUCGCCCGACGACAAAUUCAAGGUGGAGGUUGUGAACCAAGCCGCUGUGCUCUGUGCGUCGAAUGCAUCGAUAGCCAAGGUUCAAGUCAUCGACGAUGGGAUCGACCCGAAGGUCACGCUGCUCCCGGACCAACCUCGUACCCCGGUGGCGGCCAACUUUUGGAAAAUGAUUGCCAGCGCAGUGCCGCCAAUGUAUAACGAUGUGGACGAUGGCCAUACGAACAAAGCGCCAGUUGAGGCCCUGGCCAACGUACUCCUCGACAUGGAGCUUCCAGUGGAGAGCUAUGACAGCGAGUUGAUGCAUCAAUCCGUAUCAAAGCUCUUUGAAGCCUUGGGUCCUCUUGUCGGUCACUAUCGACUUCGUCAGCCCAUCAACGACACCAUAACCGGAUCCGCAACAAUGGCUAGACCUCGGUUACUCGUCACUCCUUGGAUUUGUGCAUCGAUGCUGACCAUUUUCUGCAUCGUGUCGUACAUAGCAGGAUUCGCGGCGUGGAGGCACUCAGGCAACGCCCAAAGGUGGGCCAAAAACCCCACGACAAUUUUGGGGACUUUACAUUAUUUCUACCAGAAUCCAGAGGUCAUGGCCCAGGUUGAAUCCCUACUCCCGCUGGAAACUCUGAUGACUUUAUGGAGUCAUAACAAAUUCACACCUUUGGUUUUGCGAUCAUGGGUGCGACUAGCGUUUCUCAUCGUCAACACGGUCGUCGUUGGAUGUCUCGUCACGCUGCUCCUGCUAUCAAACUCCAACCAUGGACUCACAGAUGUGAACGUCGAAGGGUACUCGCACUUCGUUUGGGCGUCUCUCCCAGCCUUUGUGGCCCUUGGCAUCGCUUUAUACAUCAGCUCGCUUGAUCGGAUCCUCAGAGAACUUUCCAUACUUUACAGAGCUUCUGCAAAACCCAGUGGCAUCCGGGAUCUUAACUACUCUCUCCUGGAAAUGACAGGGAUCCGAGCACUGUUCUUUUCCCUGCGCCGGCGUAUAUGGAGCACGAGUCUCUCUCAAGUGCUUGUGAUAGUCUGCAGCCUGCUGACGUCACUGGCAUCGGUUCUCUUCACAGCGACCAUGACCCCGAUGUCAAGCACUACUAAUCUCCGGCAGGACACAUCGUUCAGCCCCCGGAGAUCGAAUUUCGCUUACGGCGCGGACAAGAACUAUCUUGCAACGCAAAGAGCCGUUGCAAGUGUUUUGCUGAGCCAAGGCGACGGAAACUUGACUUUUUCGAGGAAUACGUAUGAUGACAUGAUUUUCAACGUCUAUUCAACAGAAGACGCCUUAGACGAUUCCACGGACUUGUCGGUCAGCGCCACCAUCCCAGCAACAAGGCUUGAGGGAAGGUGUUCAAGGAUUCCACGCGAUACGUACGACAUUGGAGUUGCCGAAAGCCCUAACGGCAAUCCAGCCCCUUACUUCGCCCAAUCGCUCGUCUGCAAUGGCACCGAACACCCUUCUAUCCGCGGUAGGGAAUUCAUAUAUGUGCUGAGAACGGACGAUGACCCGGCCGGCUCGACUUACUUCGCCGACGUGGUUAACCCACCUGUCGAGCUGAACCUCCUAUCGAAGCAUCACUGUAAGAAAGAGUUCAAUGAGACAGCAAUGUUCUAUCUUUACCCGGCAACGUCACGGGUCUACAAGCUCGUCUGGGGUGAGUUUUCUCAAGACGCGGGCGAGCUGAAAUUUUUCUCCGCCUGGGAAUGCGAUUACUCCUGGUACGACGUGGCGACCGAGGUCAACCUGGUAAUCGUCGAUGGCGCGCUUAGCAUCGACCCCCAAAGACCUCCCCGGCCGAACUUGGAAACUUCCAGGCCGCGCGAUGUGCCUCUGGAUGUGCCGUACACCGGAGAGGUCUACGAUCUAUUCCAGGACAACCUGUUCCCGACAAUCGUUAGAAACGGGACGAGUGAGAAAGCAACGCGAUUCGCAUCCCUAGUGCAGCCGAACGGUCCGCUGCCAAAGGAGAUUUUUGGCGACCCGGAACGGGAGAUGGAAGUGCUGGAGCACGCGAAUCACAUUUUCGCCUUUGCCGCCGCGAACAUUGCUAGCCGACACAACAGAGCGGGCAAUGGUCUGAACUCAACCGCGUUGUCUGAUGUGCCCGACCCCGAAAGUCUGCCUUCCGUGGAGGCGCGGCUCUGGCAAAACGACCGGCACCGACUCGUGCAAAGUCCAGGAGUUACGUAUGCUUUGGUGGCAAUACUAGGACUAGUCAUCUUCGUCCUUGUUUGGAGCUCGCUCUCCGACAUGGUUGCGCGGCAUCGCAGAGAGACGCACAGGUGGCUGCUGGAAAUGGAUAUCAGGGACCUGGCACCCGAAGGGUUCCGAAGCAUUGCAGCGAUGGUUGUUUUGUUACGCGACUCCAACGUUUUGGGCUUCUUUUCUCCAGAUUCUGGGGCCAUGUCAUCCAAAGAGCUUGCUGCUAGUUUAGGUGAUCUCCACUUCCGCUUGGGAUGGUUCAGAGAUGAAAAGAAGGAGGAAAUGGUAUUCACCAUAGGUAUUGAUGAUGGUGACGGGUUCAGGUUCAUGGGCGGUAAGAACGAUUUGGGGAAGGAGUAA